AUGAAGGGUCUAUUAAAAGGGUUGAGGUACAUUGCUCGUAUCUUCGAGGAUGAGAAGGAACCAGAGAUGCAGAUUGGUCAACCGACCGAUGUCAAACAUGUUGCACAUAUAGGAUGGGAAGGGCCCUCUGCUACGACCCCAAGCUGGAUGCAUGAGUACAAGUCUCCGAUGGGUGAGCCAAAGGCAAGUUCCAACAAGAAGUCCUCAGGUGAGAAGAGGAACAAAGGAAGGCGUAAGGCAUCAACAGGAGUUAACUCACCUUCAGAGUCUCCGACAAGGACAGGAGGAUCAACGAGGCCAUCAAGACGUGGCGCGGGUAAACAGAGAGAGCAAAGCACGGGGUCAGGGUCAGAGUCAGGUUCAGCGUUAGACAUACCUCAACAAAACGACCAGUCUAUGGGACCGAAACAAUCGAAACAAAGAAAGUCAAAAGGAACAGGAGGAGGUGGAGGAGGUGGAGGAGGAGGAGGAGGCGGUGAAGCUGUUCCUCUACCUGUUGGAGCUGCAAGGUCAAAGGAAACAGAUAUAUCUGUACGAGCGGUUUAUCCAUGUGUGGGUCUUGGAAGUUCUACAGGAAGAUGA